CUCUCCAUAUGGAAACGACUGAUCAAGAACUUUCAUCACUAUCCAAGCAACUUAAAUUAAUACUCAAUGACGAAAAAUAUAGCGACUUAAAAAUCAAAUGUGGAAAUUCUUCGUCUACAGAUAAACAAGAAGAAACCUUGUACACCUAUCGUGGAAUACUAGUAGCUCGUUCAAAAUUUUUUAAAAGCAUGCUUAGCAAUGGGAUGAAAGAAAGUGCAUUGGAUGAGAUUUUUUUUUCUGACAUCAAGGCGUCGACGAUGAAAAUCAUUCUCGAAUAUCUAUAUAUGGGGGUUGUUGAUGAGGCAUGUUUUAGCUCGGAAGUAAUUGUGCCGCUUUAUAUAAAUGCAAAUUAUUUCCUUCUUAAUGGAUUGGAAGAUAUCAUCGUAAAAUUUGUGUUAAAAUCAUUAAAGGAUAUUGAAAUUUACAAAGUCGCGGGAAUGUUAUCUGAAAUCACGAAAAUUUCAAAUAGUAGCGAAAAUAAGUUGGAAAAAAUUUUAAUUGAGAAACUCUCAACUAUUCAACUUUCUGCCAUACCAUUUGAAGCUUUUAAUAUGGAAGGACUUCUUAGUUUUCUAAGUCAAUCUUUGAAUCAAGAAAACUUUAUUACUUGUGAAUAUUCGGUUCUUCAAUAUGUGAUUCUUUGGAAUGAUAAAAAUUCUUCAAUCAUUAAAUAUAACUUUUUCGAUUCUCGCUUGCCUAGUUGGACUGAUCUCGUGAAAAAUGGCGCAAAAAAAUACGAAAUCAAAGCUGAUGAUGCAAUUAGUGCAGACAGAAUAAAAAAGACCUUUUCAACGUUUAUUCCAUUUAUUAAUUUAAAAUUGAUCGAUCCUAGUAUUUUAGCCUAUAUUAUUCAUCCACUUCGGAUUAUUCCCGCUGAAAUUUUGUUAGAAACGUAUCAAUAUUACCAUAAAGGACAACAACAGCAGCUUUUAACCUAUCGAGAAUUUGGCAAUAGAAAAGGAGAACUAUCAUGGGACCCUGAUUUUUCUGCUUCACUUACCUUAUUCACUGACAACAAAAUUGUCAGAGCACUAGCAAUCCUGCAGUCCUCUGUUCGUGCAAAAAAUUUGAUUUCACAACCAGGAUACUAUCAAUGGAUGUUUAUUAUUGAAAAAAGUUGUGGGUAUGCAUGGGUUGGUAUCUGCACUGACGAGGAUACUAUAGAUAUGGAUCAAUGGCUAGGACAAACCCCUUAUGGUUGGUUUCUUGGCUCAUCUGGUGAAAAAGCUCACAAAAAUGUAAGAAAAGAAUAUGCAGAUUCUUUUGAUACAGGAGCAAUAAUUACGAUACAUUUGGACAUGUUUAAAAGAUCAAUCAAGUUUUUGAUCAAUAGAAAAGAAUUUGGUGAUGCAUACGACAAUUUACCUGAAUGA